UGCUUAUUAUAUUCUUAUUGUGUAAUUAUUUACCAUGAACAAAAACAAAAAAUAAGGUUGUAUUUGCAGGCACCGCAUUAAACAAGUAUUUUAGGUAGGAAUGAAACAGCCAGAACCACGUCUACUUGGUGCCUUCUUGAACCAUAUCUAUGGUUUCAGAAAUAUAAAGCUUCGUUAUCAAACUCUUUCAGUUCAGAAGUGACGGCCAUGUCAUGACUGUUAUUGACGCUGACAUUAUGAAAAUGAGCGUAAUGUUUACAAGGCUAUUUGUAAUGUAAGGCGAGUGCGUGCGAGACGUGGCUGCAAGCAAGUGUUUGUUACGAAGCGGCGCAGACGGACGAUGCCAUGAGGGGCGCGCUGCUGGCUUUGCUGGUGUCGGCCGCGGCGCUCGCCUCGCGCGAGAGCAGUACGGCGAGUGCGGCAGCUGUGGCGGACGAGCGGGAGGCCGAGCAAGAAGACGAAAGUGACUCGGCUCCAUUCAUGAUAGUAGUAGAGCACUCGGACGGGCACCACUGCGGCGGCUCGCUCGUGUCGCUGCGCACCGCGCUCACCUCGGCCUGGUGCGCGCGCGCCACCCGCGGCGCCCCGCCCGCCGAGCUCUGGGCGCUGGCGCCCGGCUCCGGCGCCGUGCGCCGCGUGGCGCGCGUGGCGCUGGCGGCCGGGGCCGAGGACGCGCGCGACGGCGACGCGUGGAGCGGCGCCGCCAUGGACCUGGCCGUGCUGGAGCUGGUGGCGCCCUUCGGCGGCGGCGCGCGCUCGCGGCCCAUCCUCAUGGCCACGCAGCCCAGCGAGUGCGCGCCGCGCGCCGUGUGCCACGUGGUGCGCGCGCUGCCCCGCGCCGGCUCGCGCACGCCGCGCCUGCGCAUCGUGGACGCCACGCUGGUGCCGGGCGACGCCUGCGCCCAGCGCGCCAGCGGCUGGCCGGGGCUGCGCGACUCGGCGCUGUGCCUGGUGGGCCCCACGCUGUGCCAGAGCGACUGGGGCGCGGGCGUCGUGUGCGAGGGCAAGCUGUGCGGUGUGCUGAGUCGGUCGGUGACGGCCGACGCGGCUGCGGUGGACGCGGCAGACGUGGAGCCCGGCGUCACUUGCGGCGACACGCACGUGGCGCAGAGCGUGGCGCGCUGGCGCCGCUUCCUGCACUGCGCCCACACGCUGCGCGCGUGCGGCCGCGGGGGGGAGUGCGCGGCGCUGUGCAGCGAGCGCCGCCUGCUGGACGUGGCGGACGGCGAGCCGCGCGCUGCCGGCGAUGCCCCGGCCGGCGGCGGUGACGCUGCGCCCGCCACCGGUGACGCGCCGCCCGCCGCCGGUGACGCGUUACCCGCCGCCGGAGACGCGUUGCCUGUCGCCGGAGACGCGUCGUCGCCCGCUGCACUCGACGCGGCGCCUUACACCGCGCCCGACGCCGAGACGCCUCCCUUUCAACACACGACUUCUCUGCCUGCCAUUUCCACUUCUCCGCGACCGGGGAACGCGGCGAGCGCAACGCCACCUACACGCAGCCUGCCCCCGUCGCCCAGCACGGAGCCGGCGCUGCCGGUAUCAUCGCAGCCGUCGGCGCGGCCCGCAUUCGAGUUCGAGCCCAACCGACCCGACUUCAAGGGUGCACCCGAGCGAUCCUCACGCGUGUACUUGAAGGCGGGCGAGUAUGGCGAGAACGGCGCCGACUACGGCGGAGACGACGGGCCGCCGCCGCCGAGCACGGCCGCCACGUCGCCCAGCACGGCGGCGCCGCGCAGCACGCCGGCCGCGCGCCAGGGCGCCGUGCAGGCGCGCGUGUCGCCGCCCGCCGCGCGCCCGCAUCGCUCCGCCGCCAGCCCGUCGCGGGCCGCCCAUUGGCUCAUUGCUCUGCUAGCGAUUACAAACUUGGCGAAAUGAUGUUGAAAUUUGCUU